GAGAGAAUAAAGUAGAAAAAAUAAAUGAUAAGCAAAAGCCUCCUCUAUCUUUCCUUCAAACCUUGCCUUUAUUUGUCUUCUCUUUUCCUUUCUUUGUUCUGGUAUUCUCUUAGUGUGUGAUUCUUCACCUCAUUUUCUUUCUUAAAGACCUAUCAAACUUUAUUAAAGAAGAAGAUCAAAAACCAUGGUGUUCUCUUCAGUUCCAGUCUAUUUAGAUCCUCCCAGCUGGCAGCAGCAGCAGCAACCAAGCCAGCAACUAGGAGCAUGCGAUGAAAGUUCACAGCUUCCGCCUCUUCCUCCGCCACCUCAUGUUGGUGGUAGUGGCACUGCUGGCUCAAUUAGACCUGGUUCGAUGUCUGAUCGAGCUCGGUUGGCCAAGAUACCUCAGCCAGAGGCAGCUCUAAAGUGCCCAAGGUGUGAAUCUACAAACACCAAAUUUUGUUACUUCAACAACUAUAGCCUCUCUCAGCCCCGCCACUUUUGCAAAACCUGUCGGCGAUACUGGACUAGAGGUGGUGCCCUUAGAAGUGUUCCUGUGGGAGGAGGAUGCCGCAGAAACAAGAAAACCAAAAGCCAAAGUAGCUCCAAGUCCCCAGUUUCCAGUGAAAGGCAAAUGGGUUCAACUUCCAGUACUUCCUCAAGUGCACUUCCAUCGCAGAUUGUUGGUCAUUUUCCUCAGCAACAAACUCAAUUUCCCUUCGUGACCUCUUUACAUAAUCUGAAUCAAUUUGGUGUGGGAAACAUUGGAUUAAACUUUGGUGGAAUUCAGGGACAAAUGGGAUCAACAAGUGGUGCUAGUGGACAGGCUGGCAUGGAAUUUCAAAUGGGAAGCGCUGAAGCCCCGACUGGCUUUCCUGGGGAAAGCAGCCAGCUUCGAUCUAUGGCUUCGAGCUCUAGGGUUUCUCAGUUAGCUCCAGUGAAGUCGGAAGGAAACCAAGGGUUAAAUUUAUCGAAGCCAUUUUUGGGUAUCCCAGAAAAUAAUCAGUACUACUGGGGUGGAAAUACCUGGACAGAUUUAUCCGGUCUCAACUCUUCUUCCACCAGCCAUUUCUUAUGA